CUGGAAACUCUGGGGAAAUCCCCGCCGUGGAGGCCCUGGGAAGUCCCCGGGAUUUCCCCUGCAGUCGCAACCCAGUGCUCGACUCGGAAUGGCAGUUCAGUACGCCAUCGUCACCAGUGUCAGGUCCCUAGAUGUCUGGCCUCGAGCUGUGGAGGCACUACGCUCAAAUACGAGGAGAAGUGGCCGGGAAAAGUACGCCUCAUCACUUAUGACUCGGCAGCCCCCGGCGGCGUCCGGAACUCUCUCCCUUCACUCCGCGACCACUCGCCCUCCUUCACCUGCUUCUUGGAGCACCACUCCCUCUGCUCCAAAGAGUUCGUCCGCGCCGUCAAUCAACUGACUCGGGAGUUGGAUCCUUCAACUCCUUACGGCGACACCGUGUGGGGAAUACUGACUGGAUUCGACGAGGAAGACGUCCUGUUUGCAGUCAGACAGCCACCUCUGGUGAUCAGGCGAGCCACUGGCAACAGCCCCAUGUGGGUCAACACGUUUCCCUCUGGUCUAUGGUUCUCUGAGGGCGAGAAGGGCGUCGCCAUUCGCAAGCUGCCCACUGAGGACUCGGAACAACGAGAGACCUGUCCUGACGAUGCUACGGCCGUGUUUGUCAGAGAACUAAGUGCCGUCAGAGACAUAGACAAUGAUGAGGGAGUGGAUUUCAUUGGCACAAGUGGUCAUGCCACCGAACAGAACCUCGACAUGGGCUACAGCUUCAAGAGCGGAGCCCUCAUCUCCGAUAAAGGGCAGCUCAACGGCCGCCUGCUAGACGGUUCACCGCUCACGCCAGUGGAACGGACCGAGUGUCCGAAAAUUCUUAGUGCUGCCGGGAAUUGCCUCAUGGGUCACAUACUGGACGAGGACUCGAUGGCCCUGGGCUGGAUGCACAGUGCGUGUGUGGUCCAGAUGACUGGCUACGUCGUGGAGACCUGGUUCGGUUAUGGAGGGUGGGGUGUCAACAACUACUUCUGCGAGGAACCGGGCGGAAUGAACUUCAGCGAGGCCUUCUUUGCCAAUCAGCAGGCCCUCCUGUACACACUAGAGUCAAAGUAUGGUCAGACCUGCAAAGUGUCAGGGGAUAUCCCUCGUGAGCAUGAGGGACUCCUCCACGACCGAGACAACGUGGCAUUCUAUGGGGACCCUGCGUGGGAAGCCUCCCUCGAGAAAGGCUCUCCUCGUGCUAAUUACUCCCACACUGUGACUAAGAGGACGACCGCUGGUGAUGGCGGCUGGGCAGAGUGGGAGUACCGACUCACCACUCUACAGUCGGGGAAGUGGUCUCGCCCUCCGGUCUAUGUGUUCCCUGCCAGAGUACAGAGACAAUACUACCGCUACGUGGCGAUGUCUGCCAGUGGGUCUUCAGCCAAAGGAGCAGAAUCAAGCAGACCAGAUGAUGUUGUUGUUUAUAGACGGCAGAGAGAAGAGAGUAAAAAGGUGGCGGUUAUGAGUAAGCUGAGAAAAGCAGCAAGUCUUGGUUAUUCACCAGCGGAGCAUGAAGAAUUGGCUCUUGCUCUAAGCAAUGAAGAGAGAAUGAAGGAAAAGUACUUCAGUGGUAUCAUGGAGAGUGCGAAGGAGGCGGUAGAUGAAGUAAGGAAGGAGAAAGAAGAUCACAGAGGAGGGAUCAGGAAUCCACAGGAGCAGCAGACCUGCAUGGCUGGCAUCGCUAGGGAAGCCUAUCGAGUGAAAACAAUAGAGGUGAAGUUAGCAUUCCGCACCCUCAGAACCCGGAGAUGGCAGCGUGUAGCCGAGCUAAUCAACAGACAUGUCAAGAACUUUGAGUAUGGGGCGUUUCAUGCUGCAAUCAUCAUCGGAGACACUGUGCUCGAAUGGAACGACUCCAGCCUGGUCAUUCCACAGAAAACAUGCAGGACGGAAUGGGCAUUUUGCUCUUCUGUUCACUCUCACGACAAAGGGAGCAUGAAAACUGUACUUGGCAGUCCCGUACCUGUUCGGGCCAGUCACGAAAGAACCGACCAGUGUUUCGAUAGUAUAGUCAAGAAACUUGAGGACAUUCGCAAAGAGAAAGAGCUAUUGAUUAGCGAACUAGUACAUGUGGCGGUUAAAUACAACACCAAGCUCCACUAUGGCGUCAUCAGCAACAACUGCCAGCACUUUGUCAAGGAUUGCCUCGGGGUGAUUGAUGUAUCAGACGACAGGUUCCCUUUUCAGGGAAGAGUCAGAGAGCUAGCCGACCUCAUAGUCGAUGGCCCUAACAACACGCUAUCGAGCGAUUUUCCGACACAUGAGGAGCUCAGCUCCCACGUUCAGGCUCACAUCCAUGAAAUGAGCCGAGGAGACAUAGAGUACUGCCUGUGUCUCUAUCAUCUCUUUCAUGCUUUUAAUGGAGGCUCGAAAUGCUCGUACGAAACCUGUCACGAAACGACCCUUACCGAGGCACUUGAGAAAAUGAUGUUAGAGUAG